UCUCACUUAUAAUUCAUAUAUCAAAAACUGUGAUACACACUCACACAUGUGUGUGUACAAUAUAAUAUGUGUAUAUAUAAAGAGAGAGAAGCAACAGUAGCAAGUACAACCCCCUCUCCCUCUACAAUCAUCUUUUUGUGCUUUUCUAAUGUUUCCAUAGUUCUUUUUCUCACAUACCCACUUCUAGUUUUCUUUUUCCACAACAUAAACUGUUUUCUUUUUCAGUUUUCUUGGAUCUUAUUUAAGUUUCUGAAAAUGGGUAUGCUUCAUAAUUGGAAGAAUGAUCAAAGUCAGGGAAUUUAUCUGUUUUUUGUCAGGAGAUUGAACUCAAGAUUUUGAAAGACAUGAUUUUUAGUUUAUUUCAAGGUUUUUUAUGUUUUGAAUGCUUUGGAAUCACUUCAUUGAGAUCUGAUCACUGGUGGGUCUCUGCCAUUUUCAUCAACAAUCUGUGCUUUGUUUGGCUCAAAAUGCAAGAAUUGUGAAUCUAUAAAUGGGUCAAGAUUUAGAGCUCGAUUUUGAGAAGUAUUGUGUGGUAGAUGGAAGUCCUAUAACAGUUCUUUUAUCUACCCGUGAUACAAAAAUCAAAAAGAAAAAACCCAAAUGUAGAAAUGAGGUAUUGUUGGAUCAAAGCAAGGAAAUCAGCUUACGUCGAUACCGAAGUGCAUCCUGUCGAAAUGUUCGGUCAACUUCGGGAGUCAAAGAAGCAAUGAAAAGGGGUUCAGUGUAUCAAAGUUCCAAUGAACUACGUAAAAUGAAUAAGAUUGACGAGAAUGGAAAUGAAGGAAGAAAAAAGAUUGAAUUUUCGAGAAGUGAUGGUCUCUUGCCGUUUGAAAUAUUUGAUUCAUUGUGCGGUCCGGAUGAAGGCUCGAUUUCAAGUUCGUUUUUGGAAAUGUCGAUAAAUUCAAUCGACAAACAAGAAGAUAAAAAUUUUCAAUCUACUCCUUUACACAAAUCUUUAUCUUCUAGAUUGGAACAACCUCAUUCUCCUACCAAAGUAGAAACCGAAGUUUCAAAAACUACCCGUUUCACCCCUUUCAAAACCAUGUUUGACCCGUUUGGGAAGUCGAAAUCUCAAAAGAGUCGAAACACUACUUUACGGAAAUCACUAAUACGUGACUCCUCAGAUUCCGGAUAUAGUUUUAACCGUUUCAAGAAAGAUUCUUGUAGCUCGAUUGUGUCAUCAUCAUCUUUUUCAUGUUCUUCACCUGAUCACGUAAACGGUGUUUUGAAGCUUGUGAACAAGAACCGUACGCCUUAUUUUGAGUUUUUAGUAAAGAAUCCUCAUGACGUUUUGGUGGCAAAAACAUCGAAAACGGAAAACAGCAACAACUGGGAGUAUACGUUUCACAAUAGUCAACAUAAACGAAAAGUCAACGCUAAAGAUCACAAAAGUAAAGAUCUCACAAAAGUGGGCCAGAUGCAAGUUUCCUGUUAUUUAUGUACAGAACUAGUUAACGCAGAUAACUUAAUGGUCACAGAAUUCGUAUUAUAUGAUCUUGCACAACCGAAAAAAUCUGCUCCUCAUGAGUCAAAGGAGUCAAUGGAUGAGUCAAAGGUCAAUGCCGACCUUGAAAGUGCAGCAAUCGUUAUACAGUUUCCAUCCGAGAAAAGAGAGAGCUUGAAAUGCAACCGAGCGGAUAUGAAAAACGAUGAUUUGUUUAAUUUUUCUCACGUGAAGCUAGAAAAGAUUGAACCGGCAAGAGUGAGCGUGGUGAUCCCUUCGGCAAACCAUGGUUUGCCAAGUGACGAAAGUCGUGGGCCCUCACCGUUACUUGACCGGUGGAGAUUAGGUGGCGGUUGUGAUUGUGGCGGUUGGGAUAUUGGGUGCCCUCUUAUUGUUCUUGACGACCGAAAUAUCCAGAAAGAAGAAACGUUUAAGCAGCCGGUCAAACUUUUCCUAAAGGGAAACAAAGAAAAUACACCUGCGUUAACCAUGAAAAUGACGGAAGAGGGUCAAUAUGCAGUUGACUUUCACACCCAGUUGACCUCACUACAGGCGUUUUCCGUUUGUGUUGCUAUCUUGCACAGUACUGAAACGUCGAUUAGUGUGGCUCAUGAUAGCCAUAGAGAAAUGUUGCAGUGUGAUUCUUUGAGAGUCUUUGUUGAGGACGAAGUCAAACAUUUGAUUGACGUUUUGGUCGAGGAAGACAAAAGAAAACCCGACAAGAAUGAAAUCCCGCCUUCGUUUUUGGUCAAUCCGCCGUUUUCUCCAAUGUCACGUGCGUGAUUUCGCGAGGAUAUCUUUGAUUCUUCAAAAAAGGUCAAAACUUUUAUGUGAUUUUGACCAUGUUGGUCAAAAAUAGAGAAGUCACAUAAGUCAAAGUUGACUUGGGUUUGGUUCAUGUUAAUGUUGUUACUCAAAUAUAGUAGAUUUUUUAGGAUCUAGAAUUUAUGAUUAUUUUGCAGAAAAAAGUAGUCCUUAAAUCAUGUAGGAUUAAGUAGUUUCAUGAGAAAUUUUUGUAUCUCUAGGAUAAUAAUAUGUUCAUCCAUUCACUUUUGGAUUAAUACAAAAAAAUUCCAAAUGUUUGAACUUUGUAAUA